CGCUCCAAACGAGGAGGAGCUUCCAGGCUCAAGUAGGGGAUGCCAAUCAAAGCAUCAACUUCAAAUUGUAUCUGAGAGAUCAGCCUGGAGACCUCGGGGCCAGGCGCGUCAGUCGGAGCGCAAUUGUUGAUCAGAUCACAUCCAGCGGACUUUGCGCCAGAAAAAGACAGGAAGCCGAGAUUUAAGAGUGGGUUGUUUUGACUACAUACCACUAUAUGUGUGUAGUAGCUGCGACUUUGGCUUAACACCUUCCCUUUACUCCUGAGGGUCCCCCCUUUUUUCUUCUUUUUUUUUCCUGACUCGGUUGUUUUUGCGCACAGUUCGUCGGACGAUAGGGCUGUGCGACAUUUUGGCGGUGGAGAUGUCUUUCCCGCAGCUAGGCUACCCGCAGUACUUGAGUGCCUCCCAGGCCGUGUACGGGAGCGAGAGACCGGGUGUCCUUACGCCGUCGUCCCGGGCAGGGAGCAGCGAAAUCGGAGGAAGUCCAUCCGCCACGGCAGCGGCGGUUUCAUCAGUGUUGGGCAUGUACGCCAACCCGUACGCACACAACUACAGCGCUUUCUUACCCUACACCAGCGCGGACCUUGCUCUUUUCUCACAAAUGGGGUCCCAGUAUGAGCUGAAGGACGGCCCCGGCGUCCAUCCUGCCAGCUUCGCGGCCCACACGUCUCCCGCCUUCUACCCGUACGGCCAGUUCCAGUACGGAGACCCGGCCAGGCCCAAGAACGCCACCCGGGAGAGCACCAGCACCCUGAAAGCGUGGCUCAACGAGCACAGGAAGAACCCGUACCCCACCAAGGGCGAGAAGAUCAUGCUGGCCAUCAUCACCAAGAUGACGCUCACGCAGGUCUCCACGUGGUUCGCCAACGCCAGGCGGAGGCUGAAGAAGGAGAACAAGGUGACCUGGGGCAGCAGGAGCAAGGAGGGCGGAGAGGACGGGAACUUGUUCGGCAGCGGCGACGAGGCGGAGAAGAACGAAGACGAGGAGGAGAUCGACCUGGAGAGCAUCGAUAUAGACAAGAUCGACGACAACGACGGGGAUCAGAGCAACGAGGACGACGACGAUAAGUCGACGGAGGAGGGCAGGGACCACAGGGGCGCGCUCGGCGCCGCGGGGGAGCUGGACAGCUUGGAGAAACGACGCGCCUUCGCGCUGCAGGCGCACGAGGCCUUUGACAAGGCCAAGAGCGCGAUUUCCGUGCACGCGGGGAGUAAGGAGAACUCGGACGGCAACAAUAACAGCAACACCACCAGAGUGUUGUCCCCGGACAGGCCCGGGAGCUUUCCCCUCCCGUCCAACAAUAAGCCCAAAAUAUGGUCUUUAGCGGAGACCGCCACCAGCCCCGACAGCUCAUCCCAGAAACCCGCGUCCCCCUGUGGCCCCGCGGCCCCCACGCACCCAUCAGCGCCGCACCACCAGAUCCAGACCCACCCCGCCUUCCUUCCGAGCCAUGGACUGUACACGUGCCAGAUCGGGAAGUUCCACAACUGGACAAACGGGGCCUUCCUGGGCCAGAACUCCCUGCUCAACGUGAGGUCGUUUCUGGGAGUAAACCAGCACCACCACCAUCACCACUUGGCGGCCCAGCACCAGCAGCAGCCGCAGCAGCCGACGUCGGUGGUGGUGUCGCCGGUGGCGGCCGCGGCAGCGCUCAGCAGCGACAGCAGGGCCCCGCCAGAGACCCACAGUCCAAAGCACAUAGACCAUGAAAACGGUGUAAGAUCUGAUUCACCUCCAACACAGACUCUGAAGUCUUCCUUUCGACCCAUCCAUGACAGAUCCUCUCUGCCUUCCAGCGCCAGGAGUCCACAAGACGCCACGCAACGGGUCCUAACUGCUCUCUCCUCGGCUUGAUCAAGACAUUUUUUUUUUCGUGCUUGGGAAAAAAAACUGAAAAGAAAUUGAAAAAAAAAGACUUUACACUCCCCUAAAAGGACAAGGAGAAAUAAUAAUGCAGCGUAGCAUUCAGUCGGUACAGAACAAAUGGCGUAAUUUGGUAAUAUCCUGUGGAUGGAUGGAUUACUUCCUCUGUUGUUGUGUAGCCUAUAAUCGCGCCUAUAAUGUUACUCUCUACACUUUGCCCAGGCACACUGGGACAUUUUGGUAGGCUUUUUACUUUAUUAUAAUUAUAAUUAUUUGUCUCUA